AUGGCGAUGGCCUCCUCCACCACCGCCUCCGUCGCCGCGGCGUCCCUCCGCGCGCUCGCCGGCGCCUCCCCGGCCCCGCCCCCGAAGCCGUUCCUCGUGCUGCUCUCCCCGGCGCCCCCGCGCCGCCUCGGCCUCGGCCUCCGCGCCGCCCGCACGCGCGGCCCGCUCGCCCCGCUCGCCUCCUCCGACUCCUUUUUCGAAACCUCCGCGGCCGUCGACGUAGCCGAGCCGGAGGACGAGGCUCUGGAGGCCGCCGCGGAGGAGGAGCCGGCCGUGGUGGAGGAGGAUGAGGAGGAUGUGGCAGCGGAGGAGGAGGUGGUCGGGGAGUACGUGGAGCCGCCGGAGGAGGCCAAGGUGUACGUCGGCAACCUGCCCUACGACGUUGACAGCGAGCGCCUCGCGCAGCUCUUCGAGCAGGCCGGCGUCGUCGAGGUCUCCGAGGUCAUUUACAACAGGGAAACAGACCAGAGCCGUGGAUUUGGGUUUGUCACCAUGAGUACCAUUGAAGAGGCUGAGAAGGCCGUGGAGAUGUUCCAUCGCUAUGACGUGAAUGGGAGGCUGUUGACUGUAAACAAGGCAGCUCCUAGAGGCGCCCGGGUGGAAAGGCCUCCCCGUGAUUCCGGGUCUUCAUUCAGGAUCUACGUGGGCAACCUGCCAUGGCAAGUGGACGACUCUAGGUUGGUAGAGCUGUUCAGCGAGCACGGCAAAGUUGUCGAUGCCAGGGUUGUCUACGACAGAGACACUGGGCGCUCACGGGGAUUUGGUUUCGUGACAAUGGCAUCGCAGCCGGAACUUGAUGAUGCCAUCGCUGCCCUCGAUGGACAGAGCUUGGAGGGGCGUGCUCUGCGGGUGAACGUCGCGGAGGAGCGGCCACCGCGGAGGUUCUAA